AUGCGAGAGACGCCAUUCUUUGCGUGCCGAGGCUCCUGGAUUGGCUGUUGCAAAGUGGCAAAUGCGGCUGAGGUUGCGUCUGCGGUUGUUGAUGCUGCGGUUGCUGUUGCUGUUGUGGGUGAGGAUGAUGCUGUGGGUGUUGCGCGUGCGGAGGAGGCGGCGGCGGCGGUUGCUGCUGUGGGUGCUGCGGGUGGUGCGGAUGAGGUUGAUGCUGUUGCUGCUGGUGCGGUUGAUGUGGCUGAUGCGAUGGGUGAGGUUGAUGAGAUGGGUGAGGCUGAUGGGGUGGGUGCUGCUGGUGCUGCGGAUGUGGUUGAUGGGGCUGAUGAGGGUGCUGGGGUUGGUGUUGUGGAUGGUGUUGCGGAUGGUGUUGCGGAUGGUGCUGUGGAUGAUGCGGGUGCUGCUGCUGUUGCUGCUGCUGCUGCUGUGGCGGCGGUGGUUGCUGCUGCGAAUGGUUCUGUCCAAAGAAUCCGUGGUAGGAAGCGGCCGGAUGCUGGUUGGUAUUCAGAAUAUGGCCGAAGUCGAGCGAGGAGGACUGGAUCGGAGCUGCGUAUGAAAGCGCCGGGUUCGAGUAUCGACGAUGUGUUUUGGACGUCAACAGGAAGUAGUUGGCUGUCCGAUGCUGAAGGAACAAACAACGAUCCAACGGCCUGGGGUUAA